UGUCUCAGUUUGUAUUUAGGCAAGUCUGCGGAAGUGUAUUUUGGUGUAUUUCUUUUGGCUUUGGUAUUUAUGGUAUUUAUAUAGGUACGCGCGGCCGCGAAGUGGGGGAAGUUUGUAGAUUUUACACAAAAUAUAGCACAAAUAUCAUAUAAUCUCAAAUUUCAAUUAUUAGAAAGAGGGGGCAGUAGCAGCAGCGCCCGAUCAUGACAUCCUCUCUGCCGGCGUCGGCCACGGGCGGCGUGCAGCCCAUGUCCAUCGAGGGCCGCUGCAAGAAUGUGCGCGAGCGGCUCAUCCAGAUGUCGGCUGAGGACCGCAAGUGGCGAGCCCAGUGGCUCAAGGACCAGCACCUCUCGCCCAAUGAGCCCAGGUAUGUUCCAGAGUACUUCAACGAGAUCACAAAUCCCAUCCGCCGGUUUUACAAGUGGCCUCUCAACACGCUCUUCGAGAAACUGCAGCCAGUCAUGGGCGUGAAAGGCGCCUUCAUGGCUCGCUGGUACACAGGGAAAAUGCUGAUGUUCCUGGGAUCUGUCUACGCCGCUCACUACUACUUCAAGUACUCGAAGAACGACUGGACGCGCCGCGGCGGCUGGAAGGUGCACGUGUCGCGCCAGGCCGUGCUGCCCGGCCAGGAGGGCUUCCCCAACACGGGCGACCGCCAGCACCACUGGGACUACUACGACCGCGGCUUCCAGAACCGCUCCGUGUUCAAAGGAGGCGCCUAUUGAUCGGGAGCCCGCCGUCGCGCAGAUGUGCUAUAUGAACCGCAGUGUGUGCUUGUAAAUAAUACAUUAGGACGAUAUGUG